AAAAAUGUAUAUUGAAUACUCUUUCUUCUAUAAAUUUUACUUGAUCCAUUUUAUUUCCAUUUUUUAUGCUAAAAUUUAUUUUUAAAGAAAAAGUUGAAGAAUUUAUGACGUAAUCAUAAGAAUGCUGAGCAAAGCAUUUUAUCUACAUUGUUCAUGCAUGUCAGAUUGAGUGCAAGAAGAAAGGGAUUGUUUUAUGUAAUUAAUAAUGUAAUUUAAAAAUGUCUUUUUUUUGUUUUGUUUUCCUCUUCAGGGUUGAAAAUGUUUGUUAAGUCACGGUUGUCAAUCAUGCGAAUUUUUUUUUUAAUUUUUAAUUUUUUUUCCAUUCUAUCAAAAUCAAUAAAAUUUGUAACUUUCCCAACAAUGCUUGAAAGUAAUCAAGCAAACAUAUUUUUAAACAUUCAGUCCAUGAUAUUAAUUGCCCUAUAAUAUGAGUUCCACCUCAAAGUAUGUUCUAUUGACGGGACAGGUGUGCAUUGGGUUGAAAUUGUAGUAGGUGGCGAUUCAACUUUUUAGGAGAGUAAUUUUGUAUAUGUUGUAAUGUCGUCAUCCAUGUAUGUAAAUCAUGUACAAAAAUAACUCUAAGUUUAUGACCUUUUUUUUAAAUCUCUUUUUUCUCAAAUUAUUUUAAAACAUUUUUGUUGAGUCAGCAAUUAUCUACGGAUUUAUGUCAGAAAUAUUUAUGGUCGGAAUUUUUAAAUGUGACGGAAAUUAUAGUCUAAUGGCGACCUUAUGACGUUUCGAAAUGUGCGUUUUUUUAGUAUAGUAUAGAUGCAUGUUGAUGUACGAACAUUAUUGUAAAAAUUUUAAUUUUAGGCUUAAAAAUGUAUCAAAUAACAUUCUGCGCAUGCGUGAGUCAAUUUAUGAAGAAAGCAUUUUCGUCUGGAAUUCACGUUAGAGUAGGGGCGUUGACAUCAAAACAAAAUGAAAGAAGUUUCACAUCGAUUACGUCACGCGUACCAAACAUAAUAUUAUCAAGAACAAUCUCGUCUCGAUUAUUCCAUACAAAUUCUAAAAGAAACUAUGAAAAUGUGAGAAAAUUUCUACCCAGGGUUUUAUUUUCAAGAACUGCAACAUGGGCUACACCACGUGUUAAAAAUACAUUUAUAAAUACACAUUUGGAUAGGAUUAGUUCUUCUCACAGAUUGCUGCAGAGAAGGUACAUCAACACACCUGUACUUAGUUUUCAACACCGCACUGUUUUGUUAUAUCUGACGUCUGCUGCUGUACUUGCUGUCGGUUUGUCGUAUGCUGCCGUACCCUUGUACAGGCUUUAUUGUCAGGCGUCAGGUUAUGGCGGGACGACAAAAAAAGCUGUAGAUGUCGGCGACAAAAUCAUGGAUAUGAAACGAGUUGAAGAUAUAAUGAUAACUAUUCGAUUCGAAGCUGGCACAAAUAAAACGCUACAAUGGAAGUUUAAACCACAACAAAAAGAAGUCAAGCUUGUACCGGGAGAGACAGCGCUGGCAUUUUAUACUGCUGAGAAUUUAACUGACCGUCCAAUUAUUGGGAUUGCCACGUACAAUGUUGUCCCGUUUGACGCUGGACAGUACUUUAAUAAAAUACAGUGCUUCUGUUUUGAAGAGCAACAGUUGAAUCCGCAUGAAGAGGUUGACAUGCCUGUUUUCUUUUACAUCGAUCCGGAAUUUGUUGAAGAUCCGAAAAUGGCGAAGUAUGAUGAAAUAAUAUUAUCUUACGUUUUCUUUGAAUCGAAAGAUACCGACUCACCCAUUCCUCGGCCGUAUGGUGUUUCUUGAAACGAUUCUGAAACCAGACAGAUAUUAUCCAAAAAUCGAACAACUAUGCACCUUUCAAGCGUAUAAUAAUGACGGUAAUGUUUGCUGCAUGUCAUCUCCCUGCACCUCUGCUGAUAACAAGCGUAUUUAUUGAUUGUUUGUGGAAUCUGAGUAACGGAUGCGAGACAAAAUAUUUGUGAUGACAAAACAUGUACGAUUUUAUGAAACCACGAUCGAUGAAAAUUAAAAAAAGUUCAGUUCCAGUUGCGUUUUUCCCAGUUCUUGUUAAAAUUUUAUUUCCCAUGUUCAAUUCUUUGUUUCGCUAAGUCUUUUUUGAUAUUUUAAGACACUGUGGAGAAGAACAUACAUUUACGAAGUAUUUAUCAUCAACCUUGAACAGGGUCAAGUCAAUGGGAGAAAGUGGGAGUUGGGCAGGUACCCCAUCCACUCCUUCCAAAAAAUAAAGAACCUGCAAAAAGUCUUCUUUGACUAAACAUCAUAUAUUUUCGUUGUUUUUUUUUAAGUAAUUUUAUGCUGUAGUCCUACAAUUUGGAGUGCGAUCUAAAGGAUUGAAAUUUUAAAAAAUAUUUAUGGUGUGACAUAGUGGAAUCGCCUUAGUUU